AUGGCAGCCCCCGAAGGCGUCGCCCACGGCAGUGCCUUCCGUACAACAUGGCCGCCUACAGAGAGCGCAUCGCCCCUCCCGCCGGGCCACCGGAAGUUUCCGUUUGAAACCCAGGCGGCAGACCCGGUCUGCGGUACGGCAGUUAUUGCAGAGCAUCUUUUGAACCAGAGGGACGAGGCCUGUGGGCAGGAGCAGUAGGCGUCUGGGCCCCAGCCGUGCCGCCUCGUUACGAUGACCAGCGUGGUCAAGACAGUGUACACCCUGCAGCCGCCCUCUGUGCUGAGCAGCGGCCUGUCCGCAGAUGCACAAACUCGGGCCACUUCUAAGAGCCUAUUACCUGUUAGGUCCAAAGAAGUCGAUGUUUCCCGACCUCACUUAGGAGUUUCAGAAAGUGAUGUUACAAAAAUCAUCAAACCAAGACGAGACAAUGGGCAGCUGAGAGCUACAGACACUGCCACCAGGAGGAACAUCAGGAAGAGCUAUAAGCCACUGAGUAAAGAGAAAUCAGAGGAAGAGCUCAAGGAUAAGAACCAGCUCUUAGAGGCCGUCAACAAGCAGUUGCACCAGAAGUUGAUUGAAACUCAGGGAGAGCUGAAGGACUUGACCCAAAAAGUGGAGCUGCUGGAGAAGUUUCAGGACAGCUGUUUGGCAAUUUUGGAGAGUAAGGGCCUCAACCCAGCUGCUGUUAGAAACUUUGCAAGAUGA